AGCGCCGGUUUGAUCCACUUCAAACACGUGUUGUAAUGCGGAAACGACGGACUGAAACAGAGCGAGAAGCUUUCGAUUCUGACUCACUAAUGAUCCAAAACAAAGAAGAGAAUUUGUCCUCGUCCUGGAGCUUUACAAAAUAACGCGGACGCUUGAAUUACACCCUGUACCAAGAUGAACAUCAACGUGGGAUACAGCUUUACGCAACCAGUCAACGCCAGUUUGUUUCGAUUUUCAAAAGUAAACAUCCGCCGAGCAGUUCCUGUCCAUGUGUGAGCAGACGCUUCACUGUACUACACAUGUUAAGGGUGGUGUUUUGAUCCAAAACAGAGGACAUGCCAAUGGUCAGUUAUGAUACGACUGGAGUUGACUUUAUUUAACCUCAAGUGCUUUGCCAAGGCGUCAGCAUUACUUAAGAUGCGAAUCGGUUAGCACGCUAGCUUGGCUAGGAGAGCUGUUUGUUUGUGUAACUAACGUUACAUACUCAACUAUGUCGGUUGACGGCACAAAUAAUAAGUCAGUAUAUAUAUAGUCCAUUUUGGCAAACAGUGGUGACAGUUUCACAGUCGGACAUCCUUAUUAUGGCUCUACUGAACUUUGUUUUUAGUUCAAUUGGAAAAUGCAUAGACGUCAUUUGCCUCCUUCUGGAUUUAAAUUUUGUGAUUGUAAACUCAAUAAUUCAGCUGUUGGUGGCAGUGAUCUCCUUUAUCAAUAGUUUGCCCAUGCUACUCACAAUUUCUGUGUCGGAGUGCUGGAAUCUCAGUCUGCUUUGCAUCAUCACCAUGAGGGAUGGAGUGGCCUUUGUGACCCAUAACAUGUUCGGAGGUGGGAUGCAGCUGCUGGGAGGCGUCCUGGAAAGCUUUAAGAUGAUCGGAUACCUGUCUUCACAUCUACUGCUCCGCACCAAAGAGCUUCUCCAACGUGGACUGCUGUCGGGCCACGGUUUGCUGCGACAGGCCUGGGAAGGCUGUGGGAUUGUGUUCAGCUUAUUGCUGUAUUUCAUCAACACUAUCAUCAACUUGCUCCUCAUUGGCACGCAAAAUUUGUACUCCGUGUUGGUCAGCGCGGUGGAAGCAGUGUCCUGCCCUUUGCAGAAAGCUCUUGAGCUGACUUUGACGGUGUUUACGUUUCUUUACAGCAGUCUUGUCGGCACCUCCAUCCUGCUGUGGACUCCGUGUAAACUGGCGAUGGAGUUCCUGGGAUCCGUGUGCCAUGUAUUUGUGAGCGUGUUCGUUCUCAACUCUUACGGGCUGCUUCUCACAUUGCUCAUCAUUGCAGGUGCCACUGUAUAUCUAAACCCUGCGCUCCCAGGACAUGUAUGUUUGCGUGUGAUCAACUACAUCAACAAUGUUCCCAUCCUACGAUGUCUCCGGAGGGCUCUACACGGCCUCUACGUGCUCGAGAGGAAUUUGUGGCAGCGACUGGCCUGGUAUCACAGCCAGAUAAUGGUUCCUGCAAGGAUGGAAGUUGAGGAAAGGGACGUUAGACAGCCAGAUCCCGACCCUGAGCCUCAAGCUGACCCGAACGCAGCAGGCGACGUAGCAGAAAAUGCACCUGAGGAUGCCCACCAAGUGGACGACCCUCUAGACCUGCCGCUUCCCAGUUCCAGCACCCGCAGGCCACUCCGAAAAUUUCCUUCGGAGGACAGCUGCAAAGGCCCUCCGGCUGACAACCUGCUGACUCUUCUGCAGGAGCAAGAGGAGAGGAAGAAGUGCGUGAUCUGUCAGGACAGCACCAAGACUGUUGUACUCCUGCCGUGCCGUCACUUGUGCUUGUGUAGAAACUGCACCAACAUUUUGCUCAGCCAGCCUAUCUACCAACACAACUGCCCCCUGUGCCGCCACAUGAUCCUUCAGACCAUGGAUGUGUAUAUCUGAGGGAAGCGUUUAUGGAUGUGUUUCUGUCAUCCUCAGGUUUUUUGAGCAGCACUGUUCUUGAAAUGUGGGAAACCACUUGUUCCUUUUUUACAGAUGGCCAUUCCACUACAGAGGCUUGUAUAUAGAUUAAAAUCACAACCUUUUGUAAAUCGUUAAGGCAAGACUGUGCUUUCUCCUGAUUUUAUAUUCAUUGUCACUUUUUUUCAUCAGCUUGUAGAAGCAAUAUCACUUGAAUGUAAGCUUUGUAUAAAGAAAAAAAAAACAUAAAAAAUGGGGUGUUAAUUGUGUAGAUGGAUGAUUUAUGAUGUAAUUGUCAAGUGUUUAUGGGGAACAUUUGUAUGCUACAAUACUAACAUUGGGUCUUCGAAUGUAAUCAUUUCUCCAAAGUGUCACUACAAUAUUUGCACAAGUUAUUCUGCAAUCUGAUGAUGUAUUUGUGCUUUUUUUGUCAUUUAUUAUUGAACAGCAUUAAGGCUUUCUCACUGCUCAAGUGUUAUCGAUCAAUGCAUUUUCAAAUCAAAAUUUUGGCUUGUUUUGUGUUUUGAGAGACAGUAAUUCAAUUCGGUUACCGGUAAAAACAGAGCGGAAGAAAGGCUUUUAGCUCAGAUUUGUCCAGAGGAUGUUGUUAGAAAUCACUAUUUUGGAAAACAUCUUAUGCAUUAGAGAAACAAGGUACAGGCUUUUCUGCUUUAUCUCAGUUAUUUUGGUCUUACGUGACCCAUUCAGAAAGGCACAAUGCGCAAGACAAUCAGGUGCAUUUAAGAGGGGAAAAAACAUUUGCAAGGUCCAUGCAAGCUGUUGUCCUUCCUAAAAUCAUAACUAUAUAGUCCCUAAUUAUUUCUAUCACUCUCAAUUCUGCACAAUGCAGGUGUGAGGCGCAAACCCAUGGUUUAUUAUUUUAAAUUUUUUAAACAAGCUGUGAUUUCAUUCCCUAUUAAGCUCCAAGCCUUUUUUAUUUUUGUACCACAGACAUUUGUUUUCUAUGAAGGUCUCCAGUGAUUAUGUUUGUGGUUAGAGCAGAUGUCUGUCUCUCCAGAGGCCUGGGUAAUAUCAAAACCACAUUCCCUGACUAUCCAGAUGAGUAAUAAACCGUAUUUGACAGUACGGUUGUAUUUUCUUUGUCUUCAGCACAAUUAGUAGUUUCAUCGUUGGAAUAAAAUGCAAUUAACAACCA